GCAUCCUCCUGUCUAAAGAGGUGAUAUUUCACAAUGAGGCGUGCUGCAGCUUUUCUGGCGUUGCUGCUCUGUCUGUACUGGACGGGGGCUCAGGGUGAGAGUGGAGGGACCAGUGAUCAGACCAACAUCAGCCCUGACAUCUGGGCUGAGCUGAAGGAGCUGAGAGACAUGACCAGAGUGGAGCUGAGGAAGCUGGAGCAGGAGAAUACAGAUAUGAUGACCAGAUUGAAAAUCAGUGAAAACGAGGUGGAGGAGCUCAAGAGACAGAAUGCAGACCAACCAAAGGUGGCGUUCUCACUUGGUCUCACUGAUGACGGACUAAUUGGACCCUUCAAUACUGACAUCACACUGAAGUUCAGUAAAGUCUUCACCAACUUUGGUCAGGGCUACAAUCCAAAGACAGGUCUCUUCACAGCCCCAGUCAGAGGAGCCUACUACUUCUCAUUCACUACAAUGGAUAACCGGAGUAACGUAUACAGGGAUUUUUAUCUCUAUCACAAUGACAAGAGAGUGUUGGACAGUUUUAAUUUCAGUGCAAAUGGCCUGGAAAGUGUUUCUAAUUCACUGGUUAUUCAGCUGGAAAAGGGGGAUGUGGUCUACCUGGUUUUACCUGCCUUUUGUACUGUAUACGAUAGUAAUAGAGAUCAUACUACCUUUAACGGAUUUCUGCUUUUUCCACUGUGAGACUCAAACAUGAGAAUUGAUUUACCCCCAAAUGUUUGGCAUAGUGUAUAAACAAGUCAUACAGUGUUCAUGUGUAUAUGAAAGGAUGCACAUUGUUGCUGUGUUGACUUUGCUCUGCAACAAACUACAUAUGAAAUAAAAGAAUG